AUGUCCGAAAAUGUAGAAAAAGUUGACAGCAGUGGUGAUGCUCGGAGACGAAUAUUAAAUAUUGCAGUUUCAACUGUGCUUUUGGAAUCUGGCUUUGAGGCUGCUGAUAAAAUGUCACUGGAAACUUUAACCGAAAUUCUACAGUGCUUUUUGACAGAAGUUGGCAACUCGGCAAGAGGGUAUUGUGAAUUAUCAGGAAGGGUUGAACCAGUGCUUGGUGAUAUAGUAAUGGCCCUAAUAAAUAUGGGUAUAAGCCUUCAGAACAUAGAACAAUAUGCAGCUCGGCCAAAUAGACAUGUAAUACAACCCCCCCAACAAGCCCCUCCACCAAGAACACCAGCUAUGUUAUCAGCAGGAUCUAAAGCAAAGCCAGCAUAUAAUAUACCAUUUCAUUUACCACCACUUCCAGAUCCUCAUGCAUACAUAAGGACUCCAACCCAUAAACAACCAGUGACAGAAUAUGAAGCUAUCAGGGAAAAAGCAGCUACACAAAAGAGAGACAUUGAAAGGGCACUCACAAAAUUCUUAGCAAAAACCAGUGAGACACAUAAUUUGUUUAAUACAGAAGAUAAUCAAGUUUUCCCAUUGAUUGCCUGUAAGCCAACAUUUCCAGCAUAUUUACCAUGUUUGUUACCAACUGAUCAGGUGUUUGAUUUUGAUGAACUGGAAUACCACUUUCAAGUUGCUAAUAGGACUGAGGAUAUGCCUACAGACAAAAAGGAUCAAUCAGAUAAUGAAGGUGAUAAUGGAGGUGACAAUGAAAAUGCAAAUAAUUCUCAAUCUGAAAAUCAAGAUACACCUGCACCAUCAAGUCCAGAAAGAAGUAAAACGGGGAGUUAG